AUGCUCAAAAUCCGUUCGGCGAAAUGCCCCUGGGCGUCCGUCGGCGCGGCCGGCGCCCUCGUGAUGCUCGUCACCGCCGUCCAUGUAUUCAUGGUGCCGAUCCUCCCCUCGUCCCUGGAUUUCUCGGGCGCUCGCCGCAGCGUCCACCACCGGCCGAGGAACGUGCUCCCGGGCGCUGGGGUUGUGGACUCACGCCUCAGGGCUCGGUUUCCUGCCGAUUCAUACGAAGCCGUGACGUUCCGUGCCGCGCCGUGGAAGGCCGAGAUCGGGAGGUGGCUCGCUGGGUGCCAUGCCGAAUCAUCAGCUGUCAACAUUACUGAAGCUAUUGGCACAAAGAGGUGCGAGAAAGACUGCAGUGGAAAUGGUGUGUGCAACUAUGACCUGGGGGAAUGCAGAUGCUUCCAUGGAUAUGCUGGAAAAGGAUGUGAGAGGGUUCUGAAGUUGGAGUGCAACCUCCCAAGUUCCCCAGAAUGGCCUGUAGGACCCUGGAUAGUUUCCAUAUGUCCAGCCCAGUGUGACACAACCAGGACAAUGUGCUUUUGUGGACCAGGAACAAAAUACCCGGAUCGCCCUGUGGCAGAAGCUUGCGGCUUUAAAACAAUCGUGCCUGCAAAACCUGAUGACCCGAAGCUUACCGACUGGACAACACCUGAUCCAGAUGUAUUCACAACAAACAGCAGUAAGCUAGGAUGGUGCAAUGUGGACCCUGAGGAUGCAUAUUCUUCCAAAGUGAAGUUUAAAGAAGAAUGUCAUUGCAAAUAUGAUGGACUCUGGGGGCAGUUUUGUGAGACACAUGUUGAAUGCAUUUGUAUUAACCAGUGUUCCGGACAUGGACAUUGUCGUGGUGGUUUCUGUCAGUGCGACAGUGGAUAUUUUGGGAUUGAUUGCAGCAUCCCAUCGGCUUAUUCAGUUGCAUAUGAAUGGCCCUCAUGGCUCCAAGCACCAGUGAACCUACCAGACCUAAAAAAUUUAAGCAAUAUCCCCAUCAAUGUCAAUGCUGUUGUUGAGAAAAAAAGACCACUAAUAUAUGUGUACGAUUUGCCAGCUGAGUUUGACAGUCAUCUUCUUGAAGGACGACAUUACAAGUUAGAGUGUGUGAACAGAAUAUAUGAUGAAAAGAACAGAACUAUAUGGACGCGGCAACUGUAUGGUGCUCAGAUGGCACUCUAUGAGAGCAUUCUUGCUAGCCCUCACCGCACACUGAAUGGGGAUGAAGCUGAUUAUUUCUAUGUGCCGGUUCUUGACUCUUGUCUAAUAACUAGAUCCGAUGAUGCCCCACACCUGCAGAUGCCGGAGGACCUGCGCCUCAGGAGUUACCAUACUCUUGAGUACUACAGAAAGGCUUAUGAUCACAUAGCUCAGAGGUAUCCUUACUGGAACCGCACUUCUGGAAGAGACCAUAUUUGGUUCUUUUCGUGGGAUGAAGGUGCCUGCUAUGCUCCAAAGGAGAUCUGGAACAGCAUGAUGCUUGUCCACUGGGGAAAUACCAACACAAAACAUGAAAAAUCAACGACUGCUUAUUGGGCUGACAACUGGGAUGAUAUUCCUUUGGAUAGAAGAGGCAACCAUCCAUGUUUCGAUCCGAGAAAGGACCUCGUGCUUCCAGCAUGGAAGGAGCCUAACCCAGGGGCCAUCUGGUUAAAACUAUGGGCAAGGCCAAGGAUCAAUCGUACAACACUUUUUUAUUUCAAUGGUAAUCUAGGACCAGCCUAUGAAGAGGGUCGCCGUGAAGACACGUAUAGCAUGGGGAUUAGGCAAAAGCUGGCAGCUGAAUUCGGUUCAACACCAAACAAGCAAGGGAAGCUUGGAAGGCAGCAUACAGCCAACGUAACAGUUACGUACGUAAAAUCUGAGAUGUAUUAUGAGGAACUAGCAAGCUCCAUUUUCUGUGGUGUCCUGCCAGGGGAUGGCUGGAGUGGGCGCAUGGAAGACAGCAUGCUUCAAGGAUGCAUUCCUGUCAUAAUACAGGAUGGAAUAUUUCUUCCGUACGAGAAUGUGCUUAAUUACAACAGUUUUGCAGUCCGCAUAGAAGAAGAUGAGAUCCCCAACCUCAUGAGAGUCCUCCAAGGAAUAAACGAUACACAGAUAGAUUUUAUGUUAGGAAAUGUUCGCCAGAUCUGGCAGAGAUUCUUUUAUCGCGACACCAUGUUGCUAGAGGCAGAGAGGCAGAAAAAACUGUUUGCUGAAGAGGAGGCGGCCUGGUCAGUCGAGGUUUCGAAACUAGAAGAUGGUGAUGACGUCUUUGCUACUUUCAUACAGCGCAUGAUCAGGUGGCUCCCGGCCGCCGCGGCCGGGGUCGCCUCCGGCGGCGCCAGGGGCCAUGCCGCCGUGCCCGCCUGCGGCCUCCUCAACCUCAACGCGCAGCACAACGUGCACGUCAUCCACCAGAGGCUGCAGGAGCUCAAGAGCUCCUCCUCCUCGCCGGCCAAGCCGCCGCAGCAGCAGUCCAGGAGGACCCCUCCCCCGCCGCCGCCUCCUCCGGCCGCCUCGUCCCCUUCCUCCACGGUGACCACCGGCGCCAUGCCGCCCUCCGCGUCCUGCUUCCAGUCCCAGCUGGACCACUCCAUGGCGAUGACCGCCGCGGCCGAGAGCGCGCCGCCGUGCGACGGCUUCGGGGGCGGCAGGCCCCAGCUCGACCUCAAGGAGUUCCUGCAGCAGAUCGGCGUGCUCGGGGAGGACGACGGCGGCGCGGCCGGCAAGCAUCAUGGGCCUCAGGGCGUCGGCGAGGACGACGGCGAGGUGGCGGACGCGUUCGGGUUCGGGGGCGGCAACAGCAAUGCCGCAGAGUUCGACUGGGACGCGCUGGCGGCCGACAUGAGCGACAUCGCGGCAGGAGGCCACGGCGGCGGCGGCGCGCUGGGCGUGAACGGCGCGUUCCACAUGGACGAUCUCGACCAGUUCGGCUGCGUGCCCAUCCCCGUAUGGGACAUCUGA